ACGCCAACCCAACCAGGAGCGACUUCAGCCGUUUACUUAGAUGUGAGGCCAUCCAACGGGUGGGACGCAGCUGCAACGCCAUCCAUCAAUAAUGAUUCUCCACGUGUCGAAAGGUUACAGGUCAAUCGCCGCUGGCCAACCGCAUCCUCUAAUAUGUCGUCCAAUCUCCCCAUCCCAGCGGCUUUUUGGCUCUCUCUGUCUUCAAACAUCCCACUAGGUUUUCGUUGAUAAUUCGAUAAGGAAAUCUAAGCAUAACGACAGUCGUAUUCUUCGUCUCUAUGCCGUGAGAAUUUCUUCCUCCUCCUCUUCCCCUCCUCCUACUCUCUGUAAUUUUAGCAAAUUAUAACACUAUUCGUUUUUACCUGUUAUUCAAUCAAUUCUCGGGUUACGUCUCGCCUCAUACGAUGUGAAUUUUGUGACGAUCGAUCUAGCUUUUCGCGAACUUGGAAUUUCCGUCCCGGGCUUUCUGUUUCUUACGCUUGCUUUACGCUGCCCAUUUCUUGAUUUCUCCUCUGCUGCUUAUCUCUAAUCCCCAAGUCAAUACUAGGCUCUGCAACUUAUCUUGGAAUCGUUGAAUCAAGUGAUUGCUUUCGCGGAUUUGAACACUUGCCACCACAACUUAGACCUUCUUUAAGGGGAAGAAGCCAGACUUUUCUACCUCCUCCUCUGUGAUCGUACAAUUAAGCAAAAAGGGGUUACUUUUUAAUAGUGAAGUUCAAUAUGGGGGAUUUGGAAGAAUGCAACUCCUUUGAGUUGUUAUUAAAAAAUUUAUGAUUUCAAUGCGAUUAUGGUUGCGGGAAUGGAUUUUUCUCCGCCGUUUACCAUAAUAGAAGGCACUCAAGGUAGUUACAACAAAGACAAUGCAUCCAUCAUGGAAGAAGAGAAAUCAAGAGAUUUGAACAAAGUGAAACAAACUACAAUUGGUAAACCCCCGCGGAACCUCUCCCUCUUGAGACAUAGCAUCAGCUCCAACAGGUUGCAAACUGCUGCAGAUUUGAGUUCUGAUGCAGGGGUUGUUGGGAGUAAAUCAUCUUCUGACGAGAAGGCAGAGUUUCAACCCAUAUAUCGGUCAGGAAGUUGCGCUGAAAUUGGUCCUAAACAGUGCAUGGAAGAUGAACACAUCUGUGUUGAUAAUCUUAUUGAGCAACUAGAUUCAGUUUCAGAAAUUCCUUCUCAUGGGGCUUUCUAUGGGGUGUUUGAUGGUCAUGGUGGGACUGAUGCAGCUACGUAUAUAAGAAAUAACAUCCUCAGAUUUAUAGUUGAGGAUCCUCAUUUUCCAACUUACCUAGAGAAGGCAAUUAAAAGCGCCUUUCUGAAAGCUGAUUAUGCAUUUGCGGAUGCUAGUUCGCUUGAUAUCUCCUCUGGCACCACUGCUUUAACUGCAAUUGUAUUUGGAAGGAGCCUGAUAGUUGCGAAUGCGGGGGAUUGCCGAGCCGUGCUGGGGAGGCGAGGGAGGGCAAUAGAGAUGUCAAAAGACCACAAACCAGAUAGCAGCUCAGAAAGGAUAAGGAUUGAGAAACUUGGUGGAGUGGUAUAUGAUGGAUACCUGAAUGGUCAGCUAUCUGUUGCGCGUGCGUUAGGAGACUGGCACAUGAAAGGUCCCAAGGGUUCUGCUUGCCCUUUAAGUGCCGAACCAGAGUUGCAGGAAAUCCUCUUGACUGAGGACGAUGAGUUCUUGAUUAUGGGAUGCGACGGCCUCUGGGAUGUUAUGAGCAAUCAAUGUGCUGUGACCAUGGCGAGGAGAGAGUUGAUGUUGCAUAAUGAUCCCGAAAGGUGUUCGAAAGAGCUUGUGAGAGAGGCUCUUAAGCGUGACACUUGUGAUAAUUUAACUGUCAUAGUGGUGUGUUUCUCCCCAGAUCCUCCUCCUCGGAUAGAGGCUCCUCCAUCUCGAGUUAGGAGGAGUAUUUCAGCGGAAGGGCUCAAUUUACUCAAGGGUGUACUAGAUUGUACUUCAUGAUCACUUCUAAUUUUAUUCAUAUCACUGCUCUGCUGCUGCGCCUCUUGUGAUGGGCUACUAUUUCAGCAGAAUGUUAUUUUGAUUUGAUAUUUUAUAAAACCAACCUUCUAGUCCUGUA